AUGUAUGUUGACUUCAGAACCCAUUCAAUGCCAUUAUUUAACGAUUUAGGUUGGAUGUCAUUCAAAGACCUUCUGAAAGUAUUUGUUAAGAACAUCAUCUGCACUGGCUAUGGCCAGGCCCUCUAUGGCCAAUCCAAGGGCGUGACUUCAUUUUCGCCACUUAUGACGGGGGUGGGGGUUUCUGGUUAUGACUACGGGUAUAAUAUACUAUUGGUCACAAACAAUGACACCGUCUAUGGGUGGGGUGCUAAUGGUGGUGGAUGUCUGGGGUUGGGUCACGGAAGUCAAGUGGAAACACUACAACUUAUACGUAAGUUAAGAGGCAAAAGAAUCCAACAGUUUAUCAAUGGUUAUGACUUUGUUCUGGCUAUCACUGAGCAAAACCAUGUGUUCAGUUGGGGGCUCAAUGACCAGGGACAGUGUGCUAGAGAAGCAACAGAUGAGAAAGUGUGUUUAAAACCACAAGAUAUAUGGUAUUUGAAUGACAAGAAUAUCACAUAUGUUUGUUGUGGUUUUGGACACUCCCUGGCGCUCACCACUGAUGGACGCGUAUACGAGUGGGGCAAUAUUUAUGCGUCAGUUGCUUUCAAUUCGAACUUCCGCAAAUGUUCACCAUUAUUGGAUAAACCUCUGGGUUCGGGAGACUUUACUGAGGAAUACAUACAACGAGUCUAUAAAGAGGUUCAGAAUUUAGGAGCCGUUCGCUCAGAAUAUUGUGUUCAGUAUUACAACUCAUGGCCUGAAGGCAAACACCUCUACAUUCAGAUGGAGUUCUGUUCACAGAAUCUGCGGAAUAUUCUUGAAGUGAAACCACAAUUAUGUGACUUUGGUUUGGCUGUUGAGCACCAAAGGGAAACUCAAAGUCACUCCAAACACACGGGAACUCCUAAAUAUAUGGCCCCAGAAUUGUAUCAAUCAAAGUAUACUGUAAAAGUGGACAUCUAUAGCCUGGGUAUUAUUUCAAUGGAAUUGUUCGACAUAUCAUUAGAGGACAAUGAACUGGAUAAAUAUAUUUCAACGUCAUUUCACGAGAAGAUAUUGGGCCUGGUAUUAGACCAAGGUGUAGUGAUAUAUUACAUGGAAGUGAUCAGUGGUCACUUAGCAAGUGUAAUCCCUGCGAGUGAGUCGAUUAGUAAAUCACGUGAUAAUGAAUCCAAUGUCUCGACCGGAGGUGUGCAGAGUUUACGCGAGAAUUCUAAACAAAACAAUUUGAAAUUAGCUAGAAAGAAUUAA